CAGGGGUUUUGGGGUUUUUGGGGGCGCGGUUUUGGGGCGGCCCCCCCAGAUCUCGUUGUUCGUCCUCAGUGUGGGACAACAGCCAUGGCCGCCCUCCUGCGCUGCCCCGUCCUGGCCCGGAACCCGCGGCUGCUGCGGGCGCUGAGCACGGCGAGCGCCGAGCCCCGCGAGCCCCGCCCACAAAUCGGUGCCCGCUCGGGCUCCCCGUGCCCGUUCAUGGCUCUGCAGGGGGGGGAGGGGCCCCCGUUCGUUCGCGCCCCCCCCGAGCUGCAGGAGGACGUGACCCCGCCCGAGGAAGACCCGCUGCAGUCUCUGCUGGAUUUUGGGGACCCCUCCGAGGACCCCCCCGAGCGGCGCCCGGAGGAAAAUCUGCCCGCUGACGCCUUCCCGUACCAGUCUCUGUUCGGGGCUCGCCUGGCGGGGCUGCGCCGCUCGCACACCUACCGGGAGUUCACCGAGCUGGGCAGGAGCGCCCAGCACCCCCCGAGCGCGAUUUUGGGGUCCCCCCCGAGCGCUGUCCUGGGGUCCCCCCCCAGCGAGGUUUCGGGGUCCCCCCCCCGGCUGGUUCAGGUCUGGUGCUCCAACGAUUACCUGGGCAUGAGCCGGCACCCCGAGGUGCUGCGGGCGGCCAGGUGGGCACCCCAAAAAUAA